AUGGGUAUUUUACUUCAAUAUGUGGAAUUUUCCAAUUUAUGGGUUGACGGAUUAUGGGCGGAAAUACAAUUGGAACAAUGGAAUAAGAUAUCCAACACCAGCGAAUCAAUUAGUUUUGGAGCAGACAAUAUACAUUUCUCAACUUUUAUUUCAAAUUUUAGAAGCUCAGUUGGAGAACCGAUGGCUCAUUUGAAGCUUGACAUGGUUGAAUACGCAGCUCUGAAAGCAUUGUGUUUCUGGAAAUUAGGUUAUGUGGAUUUUGGUGUAACAUUGAAAAUUGUUGCACAAGAACAUUAUUUGCUAGUAUCUACUGCAUUAACUGAUUAUCAUUUGGCAGAAAAGGGAUGAGCGAAAUGGAAAGUGCUUUGAGAAUAGCCAACAUGACUUUGUUACUGGGUACAAUGUUUAACGGCUACAGAGAAAUGGCGAGGCUUUACGAGAGUCUGAACAGUAGAUUCAAAACAACAAGCAUCUCACCAAAUGGAAGC